AUGUAUCUAUCUCUCCUUGGUUGUGUGUGUAGAGGUACGUGGCCUCUGAACCGCAUGUAUGACUACAGCACCCUCGUCACCAUUCUCUCGUGCACGGCAGUGUUCAGGCAGGGUUGUCACCCCCGAUACAAUUCGGGCCCGGUGGCGUUGAAAGUAACAUCAGCGCCACCGUUGCCACUUGCCUCACGGAGAAGAGGAGGAGGAGGAGGAGAAGAAGGAUUACGUGUCGAUCAUGAAGGAGAUAGGGAAAGUGCAACAACAUCGUUGUGCGAUGGCACGGUGCACCCAACGAUACACGAGGCGAGGGUUUACGCCCUUGUGUGUCCUCAUCCAUCCAUUCCCGUCUUUGUGGAAUGUAUCGAGGAUGCAUUUGACACUUCGCGUUUCCUUGCGAAGGAGCACCACCGUGGGGUACGGCGUCUUCCCGUUCUUGUCACACAAUUCGUUAAGGCUGCCUCCUUGGAUCGGUUCUUUUACAGUUUCCCGGUCCUUCGUUGGUCAAUAGCCGUGCAAGUUGCACAUCAGGUUGCCAAUGUGUUGCAACAUGUACACAGCAAGGGUGUUGUGUACGGUGAUCUCAAGCUGCCGAAUGUCCUCCUUGGGAGUGAGGGUCAUGUAUGGCUGGUAGACUUCGCCAGUGCCGUGAUUGUGCACAGCGGUGUUGCUGUCUCUGAAAAGAGACGCGCCGUUGAAGUAGAAGAGCUGGCGAGGGGUAUUACAUUUCAUCUACGAGCACCAGAGCUCUUUUCCACCACACAAACGCCGGGGACGGAAGCUGUUCUAAAGCAUCCGUUUAUGGUGGACUUUUGGGCAUUCGGUGCCUUUCUCCUCGAACUUCUAACAGGUCGUCCUUGUCUAGGCACCUUUGCGGAGCGCAGCGGAAAAUACACACGGGAAGAACUGCAAGCGAAGGCAAUGGAGGGAUGUUCCCUCGUAAAGCAGCGCUACGGAGGCGCAAAAGGCCCUCACAACGCUGAUAGGGUUUGGGAUGCCCUUGGAGACCUGCUCGCAGGAUUGAUCCAGCGCAGCCCAGAACAGCGAAUUGGCUUCAGGGGUGGUUGGGGCGAUGUUCUGCAGCAUCGCUUCUUUGAUCUUGUUGGGCCGGAUCUUCUGGAGCCCUUCCCUGAGGAGUAUGCCGAGGAAAAUGACGAGCUCAUGCUGGGCCUGUGA